CUGUAAGUUUCAUUUAGUCAGAAAUGUUUUUGUCGCAUGCUGGUCACCUGUUUUGUAGUUAACGGAGAGCAACGUUCUACUUCAGAUUUGACAGUAUAUGUACAGUUUUGCGAGGGCCAACAGUCAGGCGUCCUACGGUGACGGACAUGGAUACAACAGCUCUGAUCUACAAGGUCCUCUGUGCCCAUAAUGGGUCCUUUGAGCUGGGAGAAUUGCGUGCCAACAUUAGCACGAUGGAAGAUGACCUGGAAAGUGUUUUAGGGAAUCAGGAGAUGUUUACCACGGCUGUCUCGAAGGGAAACAAACUGAUAGUUGCCAAGACGAAGAUGAGGUUAUGCAGAGCUAAUAGAUGUAGUGGCUGCAGCAAUUUACACCUGUGUAAGCUUUAUCUGUAUGGAACAUGUCCAUCCAAUGAGAGACAAGGAUGCCGUCUCUGCCAUGAGCUGACGUCAGAGCACAACAUCAGAGUCCUGAGAGAGCAUUACCUGGAGGAACUGGACAGGAAGGAGCUGUGUACAUUACUGCUGCAGAAUGACAACGCCCUUUUACCUCCAGUUUGCUUCACAUACAACAAAGGUAGUGGAGAGUACGGUUACUGUCCUGACAAAGGGAGCUGCAGAAGACUCCACGUCUGUGAGCGCUACAUUACAGGAACCUGUGCUGCAGACGUGGACUGUGGCAGGUCUCACGACUUCUACGAGCCCCACCCACUCAACACCCUGCAGCAGAGGGGAGUACCUAAUGAACUGGUGGCAUCCAUGUUGUCCACCUACCGCAACAUCCAGGCAAUCGGGCAUACUAAUGAUGCUAGUAACACACUUUGCAAAAAAGACUCUGAUGACUGCCUGCUGAAAUCCAAAGCUUUACCCAGUCACUGGGAUAAAUCUUCAGUACCUGAAACUGGAUUCAAGAGGGUUGCUCUGCAGAGUUCCUCAGCUGAGCACAAGAAUAUUCUGGAUCUUUUCCACCAAACUAUGACUGGCUUCAGUGUGAAGACUAUUGAGAGGGUGCAAAAUCGGAUCCUGUGGGAGGUCUUUUCGUGGCAAGGAGAUGUGAUGAGAAAGGCAAAUGCAGGGAAAGGGAAUGAGAGGCAGCUCUUCCAUGGAACAGACUCUAAACACGUGGAUGCUAUAUGCCUGCAGAACAUAGCCUGGAGGAUGGGUGGAACACAAGGAACGCCCUAUGGGCAAGGAAGCUACUUUUCUAAGGAUGCCAAGUUCUCCCACAGCUACACCAGCCAGUCAGGAGUCAGGUCCAUGUUUGUUUGUCGUGUGCUGGUGGGAAACUACACACAAGGACACUCCAGCUACCUCUGCCCCCCCUCAAAAGAUGGAAGUCACACCAUCUCCUAUGACAGCUGUGUGGAUGAUAUCUACAACCCCUCUGUAUUUGUGGUGGUCGGGAAGCAUCAGGUUUACCCAGAGUACCUUAUUCAGUACAGGGAAGGGUCCAGGCCUGGGACCUAUGUUCCACCACCUAACUUUGUUCAAAACCAGAGCCACCACAACAUGCACUGGACAUCUAUUCCAGUCAUGCUACGCUCACCAGCCACCCCUGUGCUGCCCAACAAUGCAAGGUUCAGAUCUCCUUGCCCAACAGGACAGAGAACCCCCAGACCUACCUUGACACAUGCUUCUGCACAGUUUGGCUCCCUGAACUCCGUGACACAUCCAUUGUUUCAGUCAGGUCUGAUGACUUAUGUCUCUCCUCCACCACCCUGGGUCGGCUCUAUGACCUCCAUACCACACACACCUCCAUCAAGGACAAGAAGAUCACAGUUUACUAAAAUGAAAGCAAAAAGUAAAUCUAUGGCAUCACUAGAUAAUCUAUAAGUCUUGGUAGUCAAUUUUUUCUUUUGAAAUUUAGGAGGAAAUUACCUUUUUAUGUAUAAAUAAAUUGUAUUUAUGAAAUGUGUCCUUUUUAGGUGUUGGUAGAGCAUGGCGCAUGUAAUGCCAGGGUAGUGGUUUUUAUUCCCUGGACCACCCAUAUGUAAAGUGAAUGCACGCAUGUCUGUAAAUCACUCUGGAUAAGAGUCUGAUAAAUGGCAUAUAUCAUGUGUUGACAAAAUAAUCAGAAUUGGGCUGUCUGUGUUAAUGCAGUCAUGGUAGUUUCUGAAUGCACAACU